CACCUGCAGGAAUCCUUAAUCGUCGAGCCAUGAAGUAUCCACUUCUGUUAUUGGGCAGCCUGAGUUUGGCCCACGGACUGGCCCUCUACUAUCCGUAUGCGUACAGCGCCGAGGGAACCGCCGUGUUCACGCCCACCCAGCGGCAGUACAUCGCCAAGGAUCGGUUUGGCCAAUACGCCUUUGGCUACUCGGAACCGCUGUCCAGCAAGCAGGAGACCCAUACGCUGGACGGAACCACCAGGGGUUCCUAUAGCUACGUGGAUGCGGAGGGAAAACUCCAAACCGUUAACUAUUUGGCCGAUAACGAUGGUUUCCAUGUGGCAGCCACCAAUCUGCCAAAGGCAGUAGUUCCCCAGGAGUCGCUGGGAAUUGGUCCCAGGAGUGCGUCGCAUCCGGUGGAACAUCCCGUGGAGCAUCCCGUUGUGGUGACACAUCCCGUAGUCUCACAUCCUGUUGGCCAGCAUCCCGUUGAAAUUCAUCACCCAACUCCAGUGGAGAGUGGACGCAGUGCUCAGCCCGAGGUACAUCAUCCAGUGGAGCAUCACCAGCACUCCGUACCCGUAUCCGGAUCUCCUGUAGGACAUGUCCAAUCGCCUCAUCCCGUUGCCGAUACCGUGGAAGUGGCGGCGGCCAAAUCUCUGCACCUGAAACGCGUCGAUGAUGAGGGAGUGCGCAACCAACUAUUGAGCAAAGUUCCAAUCCCAGUGGCCCGCAGCCACCAUGUGGUGGUUCCGGCUCCUGUCUACGGAUACACUAUUCCUCGGUACUACACCUCUGGUUUCUACUACUGA